AUGAUUUUCAAUAAGAAGAAACCUAAUCCAGUGAUGGAUAUUUCUCCACCACAAAGUCUGUGGGGAGAUUUCAGCUCCAUAGGGAGUAGAAUGCCGAGUAGCCCUCCAACAGCAACUAUUGACUCUUCAGCAACCAACUCAUGGGUUCCUCUUGCAAGUGACCAGCUGAAACUUAAUUGCGAUGAAGCUUUCAAGCAACACCAACAACAAUCAGCAAUUGGAAUUGUGAUCAGAAAUGAAAGAGGCAUCUUACUAAACGGAAAAGCUAUGCAAAUCCCAGCAGUGUCAAGCUUAUAUGCAGAAGCAGCGGCGGUACGAGAAGCAACUGUGAUGGCGCAAGUCUUUGGACUGAACAGAGCAAUUGUAGAGAGUGAUAACUUGCAGGUAAUAGUACUUUGUACCAAUGAGGAUGAUCCACCAUGGGAAAUAUGGCCUUUUAUCAAGGAUAUUCGGAUAUGUGUGAGACAAUUGCAACUAUAUUUCUACUAUACACCUUCAGCUUUUAACAAUGCGGUUCAUUGGGUGGCAAAUGCUUGUCUACCUCUAUAUCUACCAUUAUCUUGGGUAGAUGGCCAGCCACAAGAAUUAGCAGAUAUUUUAUCAAAAGAUUGUAAUUACUCUUUUCAUGAAUAG